AUGCCCGUAUGUUUGUCAAAGAAUAGCCUACAAUAGGCUAUGUAUAAUUUAGCUACGAUGAGGAAACGAACGAAUUUUUGACUAUCUGUCACAUGGUCAUAUACAGUCUUGGCCUUUGGCCAUUAAUGAUCACACCUCUUACUGGUGAUAGAUGGUCACAUCAAGAAAGGCGCGUAAAGUUCUUUAUAAUUCCCCGCGAGCACCAAACCUGUCCAUGUGUGAUUUAAAUUUUGAGAAUGAUACAUAAUUCCAAUGAAAUAAUCACAAUAAACAUUCACAUGCAGUGACACAUUCAAAGAAAAGUAAUUAGGCUAAGCCUAUUCAAAAGAGAUCAAAUUGGCCUUUUAUGAACCCUCAUUCCGAUUGAGGCUACUUUGUCUUUGGAGAUAGUUGAAUAAACAGGUCGAUCCGAGCUACCCUAAACAACUCAUUGGUCAGAUUGGAGUGCAGGACUGCACUCACGUGACAUCUGACUGAUCAUUCGGACGGUCGUGCUUCACUGUUAAACACCAGUCUGCUUCUAAGAGAGGACCCAGCAUGCCCCCUCCUGCACCCACGUCCCUGGGCUACACCCCUCCUGACGGAGGCUGGGGUUGGGCCGUGGUCUUCGGCUCCUUCGUCUCCAUCGGCUUCUCCUACGCCUUCCCCAAGUCCCUGACCAUCUACUACAAGGAGAUCCAGGAGUACUUCUCCGCCAGCUACAGUGAGAUCGCCUGGGUCUCCUCCAUCAUGCUGGCGGCCAUGUACGCCGGAGGGCCGGUGAGCAGUGUGCUGGUGAACCGCUACGGCAGCCGCCCCGUGGUCAUGGUGGGAGGGGUGAUGGUGGGAGCCGGGAUGGUGGCCUCCUCGUUUGGGACGACCAUCAUGCACCUGUACAUCUGCGUGGGCGUCAUUGGAGGCUUUGGGCUCUCGUUCAACCUGCAGCCUGCCCUCACCAUCAUCGGGAAGUACUUCCAGGUCAAGAGGCCGAUGGCGAACGGCUUGGCGAUGGCAGGAAGUCCGGUGUUCCUGUCCACGCUGGCGCCGCUCAACCAGUUCCUGUUCGACAGCUUCGGCUGGAGGGGCAGCUUCCUGAUCCUGGGCGGCUUCGUCACCAACUGCUGCGUGGCGGGCGCUCUGAUGCGGCCCGUCGAGGUCAAGCGAGCGCGUCCAGACGCCGCGGCCAAUGGGGCCGCCGGCGAUAAGGAGGACCCACCCGGCGCCAGCAGCCCCGCGGGCAAGAGCGGGUGCGCGGGCAAGGUCAACCAGUUGAUCGACCUGUCGCUGUUCAGGCACCGCGGCUACCUGAUCUACCUGGUGGGCAACGUCCUGCUGUUCUUCGGCUUCUUCGCGCCGGUGGUGUUCAUGGCGCCGUACGCCAAGCACAUGCAGGUGGACGAGUACUCGGCCGCCUUCCUGCUGUCCAUCUUCGCGCUGGUGGACAUGAUCGCGCGACCGCUCACCGGCCUGCUGGCCAACACCCGCUGGGUGCGCCCGCGGAUCCAGUACUUCUUCAGCCUCUCGGUGGCGUACAACGGGCUGUGCCACGUGCUGUGCCCACUGGCCACGGGCUACGGCGGGCUGGUGGUGUACGCCGUGUUCUUCGGCGUGGCGUUCGGCAUGCUGUGCGCGCUGCUCUUCGAGGUGCUCAUGGACCUCGUCGGGGCCCAGCGAUUCUCCAGCGCCGUCGGACUCGCCACCAUCAUCGAGUGCGCCCCGGUCCUGCUGGGCCCGCCCAUCUCUGGUGCGCUGGUGGACAUCUUCCAUGACUACAAGUACAUGUACUGGGCCUGCGGAGUGAUGAUGCUGGUGCCGGGCGUCUUCCUCUUCGUCAUGAACUACUUCAACUACAAGUGGCUAGCGCAGGAGGCGCAGCAGGAGGCGCAGCAGGAGGCGCGGCAGAGCGGGCGGCAGGAGGACGAGGAGGAGAGGGGCGCUGUGGAGGAGCUGAGGGAGCUGAGGAGCAACGCCAACAACCAGCCGGACGAGACGCUGGCUUAGAAGAAUGAGGAGGUGCUGGCUUAGGAGCAAUGAGGAGGUGCUGGCUUAGGAGGAAUGAGGAGGUGCUGGCUUAGGAGCAAUGAGGAGGUGCUGGUUUAGGAGAAUGAGGAGAUGCUGGUUUAGGAGAAUGAGGAGGUGCUGGCUUAAGAG